AUGAUACCUGAUGAGUUUUUCUCCACUCAUUUAAAGGGUAAAAACGAGUUCAUGAAACUAAAAUUGACUUCUGAUGCUUUCGAUAAAACAUGGGAAGUCAAACUCAACGGUCGGAGAUUUGCCGGUGGUUGGGAAGAUUUCUCCGCCGCUCACUCUCUUCAAGACGACGACGUUUUGAACUUCAGACACGACGGAGAUAUGUUCUUCCACGUCACACCCUCCGUAGAUUUGAAGAAUAUUUCGUUGAAGAAGACAUCAAGAUUAAGAACAGAGUCGUCGUCUUCAUAUGAAAACACUUGUCUUCUCGCGGUCACGCCUUCAAAUCUACGCGUAAAUCGAGUGAAUCUUGCAAAACAUUUUAGUAGAACAAAUGGUUUGAACAAGAGAUGGUGUGGGAUUGAUCUGAUGAAUCAAAGUGGAAAAUGUUGGGGUUUGAGUUUGCGACACAACAAUGUAACUGGUCAGGAUUAUAUCCGUGGAGGCUGGAGAAGUUUCUGCCGUGCAAAUAAGCUAAAAAUCGGAUCUUUAUACCGGUUUAAAGUUGUUCGGAAUGGAACAAGGCCUAUGCUACGGUUGUGUUCCGACAUUGUUCCACGAGGAAAUGGAAAAGCUAAAGUUUCGGCAAACUCUAGCAGGAAAGAUGAGAGAGCUUCGAUGAAGCAGAACAAGGUUCUAACAGUGACCUUGAAACCUUAUAUGCUCAAGUCUAGACAACUUCGUCUUCCGAAAGACUUUGCAAGGGAGAACGGUAUCGCAAAGGCAGGAGAAAUAACUCUAGUGGACAAAAAUGGAGUAAAGUGGCCAUCCUAUGUAGCUAUUGCCAGUGAACAAAGAGGGUUUUAUAUGGCAAAAGGUUGGAUAAGUUUUUGUGCAGCCAACGGGAUAAAAAUGGGAGAAAGCUUCACUUUGGAGUUUGUUCGAGGAGAAGACUCAAUUCCUAUGUUCAAGUUCUGCUCCAAGGCCAAGAGAGAAGAAGCACCAUUUGAUGGCACACGAAGGACGGUUCAAGCAUCACGGGAUGAAGAAGAAGAUGAAACGGAGAAACCUUUCCAAAAGAGAGCUCGAGUUUCUGCAGAUGGAGGAACCUCUGGCCGCAUUGGGACAUCAAACAAAUCCAGUCCUGAACCGAAAAACUUGCAGCGCAAGCGACCACAUCAACCUUGCUCAAUCUCUGAUCAACUGAAAAAGGUGAAACAGAGUAUUGUGGACACUUUAACUGGUGUAAGACGGUUUCGAUCGGAGCUCGAGAUUAAGGAACAUAAUUUAGAAGAUGCGCUGCAGGAUAUCGACGCAUUAGGGGAGAAAGUAUUGGAAAUCAACAAAAUCCUCAAGUAA